AAAAACUGUCAUCAACAAAGAUCAGUCAAAAUUAUUUUGUUGGAUUAAAUGGAAUAGCAGCAGCUGUUGUUUUAUUUCUUUAUUUGAAAAAUUGGAUAACAUUAUUGUAAGACAUCAGGUAGAAUUGUCUUCCUUUCAGGUCAUGGUAGAUAUCAUUAGCGUUAGUGUAGUUGAUAAAAAUGAAACAAAGAAACCACGUUAUGCAGGGAGGUGAUGAUAUGUUCGCGCAUACGAAUAACAAUAAAUUUGAAGGCGAUUCCAGCGAUAUUCAACUACAUAAGAUGAAGCCACAAGAACAUUAUAUUGAAGCACAAGUCCAAGAAGGAGAUACGUUGCAGGCCAUAGCUUUGCGAUUUUAUUGUUCAAUUUCAGAGUUGAAACGGAUAAAUCACAUUCAUAAGGACAAUGAAAUAUAUGCAAGGAGAACAGUCAAAAUACCAGUCACGCCUUAUUCAGUUUUGACUGAACGAUUGCCAAUGACUCACCCUGGAUUUGAACCUAUACCAUCAACAUCUGCUCAUAUACAAGUAAACAAUUCAAUACAGGAAUUGAUUCAACCUAGCAGCCAAAAAAGUAACAAUGCAAAAGAAGAGACAAGUAUCAAUAAUAGUGACUUUGCAAUUGAUUGCAAUUCAGUUGUGAUGAAUAGCACACUAUCUCCAUCUUUAGUGCCUUACACUGAUUCGGAGGUGACAGAGGCUGUGUCGGAAGAUACUCAACUAUUGCCAAAUAAACAAAAAAUAUCCGUAGAAGCUGUUGUUGUGAAGGAACUAACAUCACACGGAGCAGACCUUGGUCUCAAGUGGUUUCAUCUUGUGUGUUGUAUGCUUGUGUUAGGCGUUGUGAUACCUAUAGUAUAUGUUAUGUUUUACUUACAGAAACCUGACCAUGAACACAUAAAUUCUACUUCAAAUAAUAUGUUAUGAUACUCAAUCUGACUGAAGAGCUUUAAGCUGUGGUGGUAUUUUAUAAAUCAAAUUUAUAUAAGUAUUUUGAUAAGUGAAA